AUGAGCCCCGCGGAGCGCCCCGAGCCGGCCACGGGCGGUGCAGGGCGGAGGCGCCGGGCCGAAGGGGCGUUCGGCGACAUCGCCGUGUACUUCUCCAAGGAGGAGUGGGCAGAGAUGGGCGCCUGGGAGAAGCUCCGCCACAGGAACGUGAAGAGGAACCACGACGCGCUGGUGGCCAUAGGCCUCAGGGCCCCUCGCCCGGCGUUCAUGUGCCGCCGCAGGCCGCCCCUCCGGCCCCGGGAGGACGCCGAGGACUCGGACGAAGACUGGACGCCCAGGCCGCGAGUCAAACCUCCUUGGGUGACCUUCAGAGUAGAACAGACGAAACACCGGAAGGUGAUGCUCAGGGAGCCAGCAAGUAAUGAAUGUAUUUUGAAGGAAUUAUCAGGAACAGCAAAGUUGCCAAACACAACUGACUCAGACCAGGUCCAGAAGCCAGUGUCCCCUGCUGGAGAAGCAAGUACCUUUGGACAGCACACUCGACGAAAACUGAAGCCCAGGAGAAAGGAGAUUGAAGUGAAGAUGUAUAGCCUGCGAGAAAGAAAGGGCCCCGCGUAUGAGGAGGUCAGCGAGCCCCAGGAUGAUGAUUAUCUCUACUGUGAAAAGUGUCAAAAUUUCUUCAUUGACAACUGUGCUGCUCAUGGGCCCCCAAUAUUUGUAAAGGACAGUGCAGUGGACAAGGGGCAUCCCAAUCGCUCAGCCCUCACUCUGCCUCCUGGACUGAGAAUUGGACCAUCAGGCAUCCCAGAGGCUGGACUUGGGGUAUGGAACGAAGCGUCCGAUCUGCCAUUGGGUCUGCACUUUGGCCCUUACGAGGGCCAGGUGACGGAAGAUGAAGAGGCAACCAACAGCGGAUACUCCUGGCUGAUCACUAAGGGAAGAAACUGCUAUGAGUAUGUGGAUGGAAAGGAUAAAUCUUGUGCCAACUGGAUGAGGUAUGUGAACUGCGCCCGGGAUGAUGAGGAGCAGAAUCUGGUGGCCUUUCAGUACCACCGGCAGAUCUUCUACCGGACCUGCCGGGCCAUCAGGCCUGGUUGUGAGCUGCUGGUCUGGUAUGGGGACGAGUAUGGCCAGGAGCUCGGCAUCAAGUGGGGCAGCAAGUGGAAGAAAGAGCUCACGACAGAAAAAGGACUAAAGCCAGAGAUCCAUCCAUGUCCCUCCUGCCCUCUGGCCUUCUCCACUGAGAAAUUCCUCAGCCAGCAUGUGCAACUCAAUCACCCCUCUCAGAUCUUCCCAGUAACAUAUGCAAGAAAGCACCUCCAGCCACAGGACCCCAGGCCAGGGGAUCAACAGCAGCCCCAGCCGCAUUCUGAUCAAUGCCACUGCAGUGAUAAAGCAGAAGAUCAAGAGACAGAGAAAAGAUCCAAACCCUUGUUUGAAAGCACAAAGCAGAUGGGGAUUUCAAGGGCCUACUGCAGCCCACCCGAAGGACAAAUGAGAAGUUCUAGGGAGGGUAAGAGAACAGUGGAGAUAGAGCCCAGUCAAGACCAGAAAAUGAAUCCUGAAGAAACAAGGAGAUUAUUCGUAGGAGUAGGAAUCUUAAAAACUGCAAGAAUCAAGUGUGGAGAGUAUGGACAAGGCUUUAGUGUUAAGCCAAACCUCACAACCCACCAGAGGACACACACAGAGGAGAAGCCCUAUGUUUGCAGGGAGUGUGGGCGAGGCUUUGGUCAAAAGCCAAACCUCAACAGACACCAGAGGACACACACAGGGGAGAAGCCCUAUGUUUGCAGGGAGUGUGGACGAGGCUUUGGUCAUAAGUCAUCACUCAUCAUCCACCAGAGGACACACACAGGGGAGAAGCCCUAUGUUUGCAGGGAGUGUGGACAAGGCUUUGGUGAUAAGUCAUCGCUCAUUGUCCACCAGAGGACACACACAGGGGAGAAGCCCUAUGUUUGCAGGGAGUGUGGACGAGGCUUUGGUCGUAAGUCAUCGCUCAUUGUCCACCAGAGGACACACACAGGGGAGAAGCCCUAUGUUUGCAGGGAGUGUGGGCGAGGCUUUGGUCGUAAGUCAUCACUCAUCGUCCACCAGAGGACACACACAGGGGAGAAGCCCUAUGUUUGCAGGGAGUGUGGGCGAGGCUUUGGUCAUAAGUCAUCACUCAUCGUCCACCAGAGGACACACACAGGGGAGAAGCCCUAUGUUUGCAGGGAGUGUGGACGAGGCUUUAGAGUUAAUUCAAAACUCACCAUCCACCAGAGGACACACUCAGGGGAGAAGCCCUAUGUUUGUAGGGAGGAUGGGGGAGGCAUUAGCAAUAAACCACAUCUCAACAGCCACUGGAGGAUGAAAUAUGGCCACCACACUCCAUCCCAGCUCUGA